AUGGAAAUUGUUGCGUGUCCAAAAGUUAUUCUUUUAGAUGAGCCAACAUCAGGGUUGGAUACCGUAUCUUGUGAUCAUCUAUUUGACUUAUUACAGUUAAUUAAAUAUAGUGAAGCUGGACCAGUAACGAUAAUAAUGGUUAUUCAUCAACCAAGUCAGGAACUUUUUCAUCAAAUAGAUGAUAUUUUCUUUUUAACUCCUCAUUGUUGUUUGGCUUAUCAAGGUCCACGAGAUAAAGCAAAAGAAUUUUUAUCAGAAAAGAUUUUUGGUGAUUCAAGUCAAGUUCCAUCAUCCCGACACAACGAUUGUGAUACAUGUUUUAUUAUGUUAACUGAAGCUCCAGACUAUAUUAAAAAUCAUACAAUAGAAGAUGAAAUAAUAAAUCAACCAUUAAAUACAUAUUCAUGGAAGAGAAGAUGGUGUUUACCAUUCUUUUAUGUAAUGUCACGUUCCAUGAGACAGAUUUAUGUACGUGGUGCCAUGGCUGAAUCAGCCUAUAUGCUUGCCUAUUUUUUGUUGGGUGCCUGUGUCGGUUAUCUAUUUGAGAAUAAACAACAAGGCACAUGUGACAUUCAAGUAUUGCCAACAAUCUAUUUCCUCAUGAGUCUUUCAUUUGGCAUUUUAACAUGUAUAUCAAGUCAACGUCUUUUUGGCAUUGAAACAGCGAAUAAAACUUUUGAACGAGAGAGUCGAAAUUAUUUUCAUCCAUUUCAAUACUGGUUAGCAAAGAGUUUAGUUGAUAUAUUUCGCAUGAUUUUUUAUCCAUUAUUAUUUCUGAGUAUGCUUUACAUUGAAGUUGUACCACGUGGUCCUUUUUCUUAUUACCUUGGUAUGAUGAUACUUCUUUCAUUUGUUUGUUCUGGUAUUGGUCAAUUAACUUCUGUGAUUUUUAAUCGAACUGAAUAUGCGUAUUUAGCUGGUACUAUUGUUGCUCUUCUCUCUUGUUUAUUAUCAGGUUUCAGUCCGACAAAAGCUGAUCUUGGUCAAGGAAAAUUCAUUGUUACUCUUUCUUUUUCACGACAUGUGCAACGUGUGUUAUUUCGUCAUGAAACAUCAUUUUAUGUUAAAUCAUUCAAUGUCAAUGAAACUCAUAUAUGGUCUAGUCAAGUCAAGUUUCUUGAAAAAAAUUUCUCAUUCAACGACAGUGAGAAUCCAUUUUUUUGGCUCAUUUUCAUUGGAUUCGUUUUGCGUGCCAUUACUUUUUUAUUUCUAUACGCAAAAUCGGAAUAUCGUUCUACAGCUCGAUUUCGUGUAACUCAUAUUGGUCCUACUAUUCAAAGUUUCUUUCGUUGUGAGCCUUGUCGCGAUAAGGCUUCUCGAGAUGAGAACUAUCAAUUAUAA